UUCGUCAUUGCCGUAAACGCGUAUCUUUUGAAAAUGGUGCGAGUACUUCUAUUCCAUUACUUCAAAUCGCAACGUACGUUCUCCGAUUCUCUUCAACCUACCUCUUUUGCCUCUACGAAAGAUUAUCUUUUCCUUGGUACUGGAGAAAUGAAGGUGUUUGUUUACUCACUCGAGCAACCGAACUUUCCUCUAUUCUGUGAGUUUCCGAUCAUGUCAAAACCUGUCAAGUUGAUUUGCAACGAGAAAGCCAAGUGCGUUUUGACAAUUGAGAGAACAAGCCGAAGAAAAAACGCUGGCAGUAAAGUAGUGAGCGUUCAAACUCACUCUCGCGCUUACUUUAACUGGUUCAAGGCAAAUCCUGACGAGGCGGUGCGUACUUAUGCAGCGGGACAUUCUCAUUAUCAAAGGCAGGAAUCGGAGGGAAAGUGCAAGGAUUUCCUGGCUUUGGAGAUUCCCACCCAGGUUAAUGUCACAGCUAUUUGUUGCUGCCCAACAAGUGGUAACGUUGCUAUUGCAAGCGUGAAAAAAGUGAGUUUGUUCAGAUGGAGUGGUAACCUUACGUCUGGCGGCACAGAUGUCACUGCAAUGUAUCAUGAUAUGGAACAUUUCCUUGACAUUGAACCAAGCAUGAUUGUAAAAGAAGUUGUUCUAAGUGACUGCUACCUAGCUGUGAGGUCAAAUCUAGAUGUUCAAGUCCUCAAGCUUGUGUUUACAGCUGAUCAAGAUUCUGUGUCGUCAAGCAGAAGUGGGAAAAGUUCAAGUCCAGGAACAACUCUGCUGAAUAAGGCCACAACAUCCCUGUUGGACUUUGAAUCCAUGCUCCACCCGACACAACAAACCAAAAGAGAACCAAAAGCUGACAACUGUGUUUUGUGGUCCUUUGAUGAUUGCUCACCAUUAUUGUCUUCAAAUAAACCACUAGCUGUGAAAUCAGAUGAGGAAGUUGUGUUUCCGUUGUUGAGAAAGAAAAAGGUUUACAAAGACUUCUUACCAGAUCCCAAGGAAAUCUUAGGACCUGUGUCAGAGGUACCUGGGCAUCCUGUGACUGUUGCAUUUGGAGGUCUCUAUGGAAUUGGUUUUGCUGUGGAUGGGUGUAUGCUAAGAGUGAAAGGAGUUACAAUGCUGUAUCGCAGAUUUAGAGUGGAGCAACUUAGUAAUGAAGGCAAUGAUUCUGCUACACUUCACACAUUACAACUUCUUCCAACUUAUACACAAGGAAUAUCUCAUGUGAAAGAGAUGCAAAGAUCUCCCUUAGUUGCAAGGACUCUCUUUGACCCUACUUUGUGUGGUAUGUGUUGCCUCAUCUCUGGCCCUAAAGAAGGCUUCAUGUAUGAUGUGUUUGAUACUUGUAACCUUCUGUCUUAUUACAAGUACACCAUUGAUACAGUCAGUGUUUCCGUCUUUAAUGGUCUGCUUCAUGCAAUAACCAGACAGGGAAUUGAAACUUACACUGUGCGCAUAUAUGCAGCUGCAUCUGAUUGGAUCAGAAAGCAUGCUGCUGAAGAUGUUCAAGUUGACGAGCACCAAGGUGAGGAGCAAAGUGUAGUGAGCAAUUUUGGGGGACAAGAAGAAAAUUUUGGGGAGGUUUUUGAUGACAAAAAGAAGUCUGAUGAAGAUCUGGAGAGAAGAGAUGCUGAAGAUUUGGUAGUUGAAAGUAGAUCAAGUUUAACCUCAGCUCCUGGGUGCACAAGAAGUGAAGAGUUGCUUGAAACAGUUGAGGUCAAUCAAGAACUCAAAGAAAGUGUUGAACAAGACUAUUGUGAGCCUUGUGUCACAGAAAACAUGCCAUCUACAGCAACUGCAUUUACCCCCACCAUUUCCUGUGCUGACAACCCAGAUGCCACAGACACUGCUUCAUCUAAUAAAAGUACAAAACUGUGUGGAGAUGAAGCCCCUCCUGCAGGUUACAAGGAGGCAAAACCAUCACCACCAGAUAUCAAAUGGAUUGUUGAUAACUCUGGCCGUACACUUGUGAGGUUUACAUCGAGAAGUGAAACAUCUAUGCAUAGAGGAGCAAUGACAGGUGAUAUGAAACAGUUUGAAGAGAGUGAACAUAGCAGUGAUGGUACAGAUGGUGAGUAUGACACUGAGAUCAAGUGCACAAGAACGUUUACAAUUAGCAGUUCAAUGAAUCGUUAUACCAGCACUGGAGCUAAAGUGAGUGAUGCUGUUUAUCAAGCUGCUGUUAUUAAACUCUCCAGCAACAAUGGAUGGCCAUUACCAGUCUUUGACCUAAAAAGCCUGAGACAGCGCUGUCCUCAGCCAAAUCUAGACGUCUGUUUGAUUGGCAUGUAUCCAUUUAUUGGAUGUCACUAUGUGUCUGCUAGUGAAGGAAAUGUUGUUUUGUUCUCAAAAUCUGCACAUGACCACUUGCAAAGAAGCAAGAGUUUCAAGAACAAACCAUCAAGGCCUCAGACUGAACAGAGAGAAAGUAAAAACCCUGACUGGAUGGUAUAUGUCCUCCAGAACAUGGACCCCACACAGCUUUACAAGGCAGUGAUGCCAUUGGCAAAUCGUUGUCAGAAGCACAAUGCACAGGCAUUUCAUCAUCUCAUUUGCGAGCAACACUUUUUCCUAAGAACACUUUGCUUGGCAGAUUCGGGUUCCAAAGAUGACAAGAACAAAAAGAAGCUUAAGAAGCUACUCUGCAAGUCUGCAGCAAAUUUGACUGAGGUGUUUUUAAGAAUCCCUGAUGCCUCUAAGGAUAGUAUAGACUACUUUGCAAUGUCUGGUCUAACGCUGCGAGACAUUGUUGACAAAGCUUAUAAAUCUGAAGAGCCUGUAGCAGAUGGCUUGAUCCAUUUCUUGGAUGAAAAUUUAUUUGGGUCAGACAAACAAGUUAAUGUGUCAGAGAGUAUUACCAAAAAAAUUUUCAAGCUCUAUGCCAGAUGUAAACCAGGUCGAGUAGCAGAGAUUAUCCUGAUGUCAUCUCUUAGUGGGUUUUCAUCAGAGACAGCACUAGCUGCCUUGGAAGAUGUGAAGAAAACUAAAACUGAGAAGGGUUGUGCUUACAGCUUAUCACCAUUGGAUAACGUGGUGCGAGCUGUGCUUUAUCUUCAUCAAUGUGAACCUGAUCUUGCCCAGUCUGCCCUCUUCUCUAUUCCUGAGCUUUUAAGGAAACAUCAACCUAAGCUGUUUAUAGAGGUUCUUCUCAACAUUCAUGAUAACAAAGCCUUGUCUGUGGAAACCCUUCUCAGUUUAUUUGGGACCAGCAGGCCAGAUGCAAGCCAGAAUGAACUGGCCGUUGAGUUUAUGGAGACUUUACUUAAUGACCAAAACAGGUUGGACUCAUUUAGUGCCACAGUGAUUCCAUUAUCUGGGAUCUACCUGGAGAGAAUCGGUAAUAAUCAAAGAAGGCGCCAAGCUACUAUAUCCCAUCAACACAUCCCGAACGGAGAAGGACAUUUUGGAACUCGACACCCGUGGCUCGACAAGCUGUCUCCUUUUAAUGGCGCACUGUGUCUCCCCGGACUCCCAGGCUGCCCUUGCGCGAAGCCGGUCUCGCCACAGGCCUCCCCACAGCUGUCUCGAUCUUCCUCUCGGUUUUCCAGUUCUUCCCGACGAUCAGCUGGCAAGGGUCCUUAUCUUUCUGUCCAGCGUGGUGUAGACUCGACUGCGAGCCCUAAUGAGUGUUCCUGUUGCUGCUGUAACGAGGAUUUGAUAAAAAUUCAGGCGCUUUUGUGCUCCAAGUAUGUCAGCAGUGAGUUGGCUGAUUUCGUCUUGAGCAAAAUAGAGGGUCAGGCGAUAAUAAAGGAAAGAACCUCUCUCCUGCUUCUUUGUCUGCCACAUGUGGAGCGACAUGCUGAGGCUAUGGCCAUUGUUUUGGACGAGUUUUCUUUAAUAGCUUUACCUUAUGCAAUGCACUACUUUGGUCAGAACGUGGAGAAGUGGUCACUUUUGGUACAAACCUUGUUGGAAAUGUGUAAAGAAGAAACAGACAGCGACGAUUCAGAGUCAAGAAAAGAAGCCAUCAUGGCAGUCCUGAAAGGAACCCUUCAGCAACUCUGUUCAAUAGUGACCCCGCGGGAGUUCUUGGGGCUGUUACCAAGCGACGGAUGUCUCGGAUUUUUCCUCCCAUAUCUCCAACACUGUCACAGACGUUGUGCAUCAGGCUCUGUCAGCGAGAGACUGGCGACAAGGCAUCUCAAAACGUAAAUAACUCGUAACAGACAAGAGGAGAGCCGCGCUUUCAUCCUUUACAACCUAACAUCAGUAUGUAUAUUCUCCAAACCGUUCUCUAGACAUUUCCCAGGGUGCUAACAAGGAGAAUUAGGUUAAGAAUCAAGAACUUCUAUAGUUGGUGAUCAUUUCCUUUAUUCUCAUGACCUUAGUGUGUGAUUCAGGAGUGAUAUUUUAAGGAGAAAUUAGAUGCUAGUCAUUCUGUAGGGUCAAAGGGUUUUUAAAAAGCUUAAAAGGUCUUAAACAGACUAAAUUCGAAAGAGUUCGAGAGAAUUUCGAACACUAGUAAAUCGAAUUAAAGAGCUGAGGUUUCACAAAGAAAUAUUCAAGGUUAAUCGCCUUUUAUUCAAGUGGUUUCACUUAUAUAUUACAAACCGAUUCGUUAUGCGAAUUUUUUACCACAUUAAAGAACAAUAAGCAAUUAUUAACUGGUCCGAAGGAGACCAGUGAGUUAUUUUUGACCGAGAUCCUCUUAAUAUAUUCACUGUUUCCUGUAGCCAUUCAUUAUGUUAUACCUCCCGACUCAAAAAUUAGG